AUGUCUAUAUUCAAUGGAUUUCCUGAUUUACCUGGCCCAGAUGAAACUGCAUUUUGUAAAAUUAACGAAGUGUAUUGCUGUGGUAAUAUUAGAUAUGGAAAUAUCUCAACGUUUACAAAUUCGAUCAAAAGCCAUCCAAAAAUCAAUGUGACCAAAGACCUACAUCACCAUAGGUUGUCAGAUGAGAACAUAUCUGUGUAUGUGGACGUCGAAGAUAAUCUGCUCAAAAAAAUAACGAGUGUCUGGUACAAACAAGGAUUUUUAGAAGCUCUAAGUGUGGCCGCCGACCCUAACGUGAAUCGAGAGAGCAAAGCAGUAGCUAUAACUGCAUCAUAUGCAUUGAAAGUUGCGAAUUUGUUUACAGCAUUAAGAUAUUUUAUGCAACCACAUCUAAAAGAUAUAGGGCCCAAAAUUGUGUCAAAGUAUUCAAGAACGAGAAAUUGGUGUAAUGCACCAGUAAAAUGCUUGGCCUGGCAUCCUCACACUACCAAAAUAGCUUUAGCCUCAGCAGAUGAUAAUGUAAGAGUGUACUGUUCAGAAGUCUCUUUUGUGUCAACUUUGAAAUGUAAAGCUCAAGGCCAUGUGUCUUCCUUAAGUUGGAGACCAUAUUCUGCAUCAGAGUUGGCCGUUGGUUGUGAACAAGGUGUAAUAGUAUGGACUGUAGACCCUAAUUCUAUGUUUACAAAACCAUCUUCGAGUAAUGCUGUUGUAUUAAAAAGAUCUGGUCAUAGUCCAGUCACUGAUGUGAGCUGGUCUCCAAAUGGAGACCUCCUUGUAAGUUGCUGUGGCGCUGACACAUCUAUGCUUAUAUGGGAUGUAUCUAUGGAGACAGCUAUCCCAUUAAGAAGAGUGGCAGGUGGUGGAAUUGUGUUUGCGAGAUGGUCCCUUUCAGCAACCAAAAUAUUUGCUGCUACAUCUUCCAUUAUAUUCAGAAUGUGGGACACCCAAUCCUGGUCGCCCGAGCGGUGGUGCGCGCGGGGCUGCCGUGUGGUGGCCGCCUGUUGGGGACCCAAUGAUAUAGUGUUGUUUGCCGCUAAGAGUGAACCUAUGGUGUAUGCGCUUAAUAAUACUGGCCUUUUGAAUGGAGCUAAAACAAGUAAAGCAAAACCAGUUCUCGAUGUGACAAAAGUAGAACUACCUUCUGGUGAGUCAGUUGGGGGACCGAUUUUAGAUAUGUGCUGGGAUCCUUCGGGAAGAUAUCUGGCUAUACUUUUUGAAGAAUCACAUCUAAUUGCAGUAUUUUGUACUACACAAUUGAUGAUGCAGCUUAGUUUAACACCGAGUUGCUUUAUCACUGGGAUAGAGAAUGAAGUACCAUCGACAAUGGCAUUCCAACAAAAUUUCAAAGAGGGUGCUUGUUUGACAAUAGCUUGGUCGAGCGGCAGAAUACAACAUUUUCCUAUUAUUUAUACUGAUGGCUAU